GGGGACCUGUCAAAAUAUUUGUUUAUAAAUUUCAAAAUUUCUUUAUAUUGCACAACAAUGCCUAAUAUUUCUAUGAAAACAACUUGAACAUAGUGUAGGGGGGUGUGAUGUGAGCAUAGUAUUUAUUGCCAUUAGAACUUGAUUGCUCUUAGUUUAGUUUUAGUAUUAGGUGGUAUUAGCAUUGUAUAUUCAAAGUAUUAACAAGUGUCCACAGCAAUAUGACGUCUCCAUGGGCAAAAAUUGAGCAACCUGAUCCAGUAAAUCUGGAAGAAAUCCUAUCUGAAGAGGUGGCCAGACAACUGCAAAUCAAAGAAUACAAAAAACUGAAUCAAAAGAAUAAUGAAGACUUAAAAACUGCAGUAGAAUUACCUGAUAGUGUAAAAACUAUGUUUGAUAAUAUUUGUGAUACUGAAGAAGCUUUGGUCAGGAUGCUGCAGACCCAUUAUGAUGACCAAUCCCAUAAAGUAGAAUUUAAUAAAUAUUCGACAUUGCUUUAUAAUUGUGGAGAAGAUUCUAUUAAUAAUGAUUUCGUCAGUGAUUCUGAUGGUGAAGAAGAAAUUUUAGAUGCUAACGAAAGAAAAUUCUGGGAUAGAUUUGAAAAUUUAGAACCUGAAUUGGAUUUAAAUCCACAGUGUCCUAACAAAGUUCAACAUAAAAGACAUAUGGUAACAAAUAAUUAUGAAGUGAUGAGUGAAAUACAAAGAGUCUGUAGAUUAAAAAUAUUUCCACAUAAGCAUUCUAGUGAAACUAUAGAAUGCUGUCCAGAAAAGUUUACAUAUGCUAUACUUUAUAAAAUGAUAGAAAAACAACUUUUGAAAAGUAUUAAUGGUAUUAUUGGUGAAGGUAGGGAAUCAAUAAUCCUUCAUGCCAAUUCAGAUCCCUCAUCCUUUUUGGAUUCCAACUUGCCGAAAGAAUGUGCCAUAAAAGUCUAUAAAACAAUCCUAUCUGACUUCAAAGGAUGUGAAAAAUUUGGCGAAUCAGAUCAUAGAUUUCUGAACAGAAAAGGAAGACAGGUUUCCACAAGGAAUAUAAGUAUUUGGGCUGAGAAGGAAAUGACCAACCUGAUGCUAAUGCAAGAGGCUGGAAUACCUUGCCCAAAAGUAGUAACACUUCGAAAACAUGUAUUGGUGAUGGAGUUUAUUGGAAAAAACCAGAUACCUGCUCCAACAUUAAAGGAUGCCAGAAAGUUAGACAUUGAUUGGAUAAAUGCUUAUGAACAGGUGAUUGAAUAUAUGAAAAUUCUUUUUAACAAGGUAAAUUUGGUACAUGCUGAUCUAACUGAAGAUAAUAUCUUAUUGUAUGAAGACAAAUGCUAUUUUAUUGAUGUCAGUGAAUGUGUCGAGAAUAGCCAUGAAAAAGCAAUAUUAUGUUUAUAUAGAGAUUGUAUCAAUAUAACAGAUUUUUUUUCCAAGAAAGACAUACCAGAUGUGGCCACACCAAAUGGACUGUUUAGUUAUAUAACAGGCUUUGAUUUUCACGACAGGGUUGCUCUUCCUGAAAUAAAAGAAUCUCUCAAACUGAAACAGAAACCACAUCCAUUCCGUACGCCACCGAUAGAACUAGAAUAUCAUUUAGUUAAACAACAAAUUAAAAAGAGUUAGGAGAUUUAUACUAACCUUAGAAGUGUCUUUAAAUUUUAUUGUUUGGCUGUGAAAGUGCUCUUGUCAUUAUUUUUAUCAUUUUGACAUCAAUUAGGAAAAUUUGUAUUCUAGUCACCUGAAAAGCUAUUUAUUACUUUUAGUAUAAUUUUGUUUAAUAUAUUUUGCAUUUUUA